AUGACUUCCUCGCUGCCGGGCAACCGCGAUCUGCCAGUGUCCCAGUUCGACUUGAGCACAUACUGGGGUCGCGUGCAGCACUCAGCCAACAUAUCAGAUCCGAGAACGCUUCUCACCUCCUCCGCUGGUCUCGAAAAUGCGAAAAAACUUGUUACGGCAUACAAGACGGGGAAGAUGCCAGAGAUGACACCAGAGCUGUGGAAUGCGAAGAAGAUAAUCGACUCCACCAUACACCCAGACACGGGACAGCCGGUCUUUCUGCCUUUCCGCAUGUCAUGCUUCGUUCUCACGAACCUGGUCGUCACGGCUGGCAUGCUGACACCAGGUCUCAGUACGGCAGGAACGCUCGCAUGGCAAGUCACGAACCAGUCGGUCAACGUUGGUAUCAACUUCUCCAACGCGAACAAGUCGAUUCCGCUCUCUACCUCGACCAUUGUCCAGUCGUACCUCCUCGCAGUAAGCGCGUCCUGCGGUGUCGCGCUCGGCCUCAAUGCGCUCGUGCCCCGCUUGAAGAGCUUGUCUCCCAACGCAAAGCUUAUUGCUGGACGUCUAGUGCCAUUUGCAGCCGUCGCUACAGCAGGUGCACUCAAUGUGUUCCUGAUGCGCGGGGAGGAGAUUAGGCAAGGGAUUGACGUCUACCCGGCGCUGUCAGAGAUUGAGAGGUACAAAGUUGAAACAGGUGAUCUCGAGAUCAAGCCUCUGGGCAAGAGCAAGAAAGCAGCCACGCUUGCAGUGGGAGAGACGGCGCUCAGUCGUGUCCUGAACGCGACACCGAUCAUGGUGCUGCCACCUCUCCUCCUUGUCAGGCUACAGAAGACAGAGUGGCUUAAGCAGAGGCCUAGGAUGGUGACCCCGGUCAACUUGGGACUCAUCUUCACAACUUCCAUCUUCGCACUGCCGCUUGCGCUUGCUGCCUUCCCACAGCGACAGGCUGUCAGUGCGAAGACUCUGGAGCCGGAGUUUCACGAUCGCGGUGGCAAGGAUGGCUUAGUCGAGUUUAACCGUGGGAUAUGAGCGACGGGAACCAGUGUGCAGAAAGCUUCUGUGCUCUGUCUUCCCGCAGACUCUCGUGGCAGGCUCUAUGCGUGGCAAUUUGGACACAUGUGUCGCACGACCAAAUAUUGAGCACAGCUGCAAUGCCGGGGCUUGUUGUCGCCACGGGGGCUGGUUUGCGGCGAAGACGUGCUUCCUGAUGAUAUGAUUGGCUAGAAUGCUCAAA